AUGGGAUUCGGUUUCAAAUGGAUCCUGAGCUUUUGCAUGCUCGUUAUCCCCAUCGCCAUCACCCUCGGCGUUCUUUUCCCGCUCCAGAACGCACACAACCGUGGUGGAAACACCGGUAGCUUCCUCGGCGACGGCGGCUUCGGCACCGGUCCUGGAGGCGGAGCGCCCAAGCCCAAAAACAACAACGUUGAGCUGGCUAAAGCAUGCACACAGUUUGCUGACCUGGGCAAUCCUCUGCGUUAUUUCUGGGAGAAGGGUCAGCAGCAGUAUACCUUCAAUCCUAACCAAUGGGGUCUCUCCAACGACGCAAAGAGUGGCAUGUGUAUGGAUGUCCUCUUCAACAACAACGGCACUUAUGACAAGCCGGAGAAGGCUCCUCCCUUCCAAGUUACCUGGCAGUACUCUCCCGCUCCCGCCGGGCAGAACAAUGUGCACGCGUUCGCCAAUAUCAAGCUUGAAAAAAUCUUUCCCAAGAAGCUCGACACCAUCAAGAAGCUAUACGUUGAUUUCGAGUGGAAAUAUGUCAUGGGCAACGACAACUCAACGGCGAGCGAAUCGUCGACCCUCGCUUCCCAAAGUGUCAACACCAACGUCGCCAUUGAUAUGUUCGCCGACAAGAACAGCGAUACCUCUAAGAGCAACGAAAAGGCGGCUUUCGAAAUCAUGAUAUGGUUUGCUGCCAUUGGCGCGUCUGCCCACGUCAUUGGUCAGGACACGACGUCCAUUGUGACGACAAAGAGUCUCGCGGAUGCCACCACCGGCACCCAGGUCACCUUUGACUUGUAUGCCGACAAGCAUCCCACCACCAGUCAGUUUGUCCUGACCUGGAAGGCUCAAACGAUUACGGAAAAAUUCCACGGCGACGUGUACCCACUGAUCGAAUACAUCCUCAACUCUGGCAACUCGAGCUACCCGAACUCAGAUGCCUAUCUGGGCUCGUUUGGUAUGGGCACCGAAGCCUACGAUUCGCCGUCGAACGUGACAUUCUAUUGCCCUGAUUUCGCCGUCAGUGUAGAAUAA